CUGCCCAGUGCGCCGUGGAGACCUGUCUCUUUAAGAGCGCAGUGAGGGCGGGGGAGGAGAGGAAAGGAAACUGCGCCCCAUCCUUGCCCCGCCCUGCGCCACGCAGCGUGAGUUGGAGGCGGAGGCUCUCCCCCCUCCCGCCCCCGCUCCGCGGCCCCCGCCCCCCGCCCCCAUUCUGUCCAGUUCCGCCGGAACCCGAGCCGGGGCAGCAAGCCGCCUGAUAAAGAUUGCGCAACCGUAUUUCCAGAUCAGUCAUUUUGUGAAAGAAAAGUCAGAACAGAAGGAAAAACGCGAGAAAGAAAAAGCAAACCAGAAAACCCAGACGAAAGUGCUGUGCUCUGAUCCCUCGCCAGGCCUCCCUGACCGUUCCUUUUGGUAACUGGACAGGAACCUACUGGAUGAAUGGCAGCUGUCGAUGACUUAAAAUUUGAAGAAUUUGGGGACUCGGCCAACCUGCUGGCGGCCUCCCAGGAUGACACCGCCGUGACCAUCGAGGAGCCCAGCCCGAAUCCGCCGGCCCUGAGGGGCCUCCCGAGAGGCCCGAGGAGGGAGGAGGAUGAGGAACUCCUGGGUCACGGCGACUCGGAUAAAACGGAGCUCCUGGCCGCCCAGAAGAAAAGCUCCCCCUUCUGGACGUUUGAGUACUACCAGACCUUCUUCGACGUGGACACCUGCCAGGUCUUUGACAGGAUCAAAGGCGCCGUUCUGCCCGUCCCCGGGAGGAACUUUGUCAGACUGUACAUCCGAAGCAACCCGGAUCUCUACGGGCCCUUCUGGAUCUGUGCCACCCUGGUCUUUGCCAUCGCCAUCAGUGGGAACCUCUCCAACUUCUUCAUCCACUUGGGGGACAAGACUUUCCAUUAUGUCCCGGAGUUCCGGAAAGUGUCCAUCGCGGCCACGGCCAUCUACGCCUACGCCUGGCUGGUCCCCCUGGGCCUCUGGGGCUUCCUUCUGUGGAGGAACGGCAAAGUGAUGAGCAUCGUCUCCUACUCGUUCCUGGAGAUCGUGUGCGUCUACGGCUACUCGCUCUUCAUCUACAUCCCCACGGCGAUCCUGUGGAUCAUCCCCCAGAAGGCCGUGCGCUGGAUCUUGGUCAUGGUCGCCCUGGGCCUGUCGGGCUCCGUGCUGGUGAUGACCUUCUGGCCCGCCGUCCGGGAUGACAACCGGAGGAUCGCCAUUGCCACCAUGGUGACCAUCGUCCUGCUUCACACGCUGCUGUCUGUGGGCUGCUUGGCCUACUUCUUUGAUGCUCCCGAGCUGGAUCAUCCUCCCACCAUCACCCCUGCUCCUACUCACCAGCAUACAGCCAGCGUGGUCAGUGCCGGGCACUGAGGGCGCACCUGAGGCCCAAAUCGCUUGGCGUUGGCGCCUUUCGGGUCCCGUCUGUUAGCCCGCCAGGGCAGCUUCACUGGGGCCGGCUUCCCUUUUUGCCUCCGACUUCGCGAUCUCGGCGCGGUCCUGGGCACGGCUGCCCCGCCAGGCCCGUCCGCUGUGGGGCGGGAUCUCCGUUUGGGCGUCUGCUCCCCCGAUCAGAGUGCCGGACGCCUCCCCUGGUGCCCUGGCGGAGGCAGCCGUCUCCUUGGGCAGGAGCAGGAGCUGUCACGCUCCCCGGGCUGCUGGGGAGAAAUAAGCGUUCCUGACCCCUCUGCUCACCAAGAUCACCCUCGCCACGGACAUCGGAGGGCCGCCGGGGCCCCGGGUUCCGGGCUUCUCCCUGGAAGCCGUCGGCCCGAACCGGCCGGGACUGAAAGGCCGUGCGCUCCAGCCCCUCCUCUUAGACAUCAAGGGGCUCGGGCCCAGGCUGGUGCAGGGAGUGGCCCGGGAGAAUCCUGGAUUCUGAACCUCAAAAGCGGACGACAACAGCACCAAUAAAACCCAGACACUGAAAAAACUCA